AUGCGCCCUGUGUCCACAACAUGGCGGAAGCUCGGCCUGCCGAGGCGACACUUCUCGUCCUCGCCUCGCAGGCUGGAUAACUAUGCCUUCAUCGGCUUGGGCCAGAUGGGAUUUCAAAUGGCUCGCAACCUCCAAGCCAAACUCCCCCCGAGCGACAGCCUGAGAAUAUUUGACAUCAACCGUGAGGCCAUGCAGAAGCUGGCAGGGGAAAUGGCAGCUUCGCAGGCCGGAGGGGCAUCUGUUGAGCUGGCGGACAGCGCAGCAGAUGCCUCCAAGGAAGCAGAUGUCACCAUCACUGCACUCCCCGAGCCUAGCCACGUCAAGGCCGUGUACGCCUCCAUCCUAGAAGCCAAGCCCAGCCCACGGCCCAGCCCGCGCCUCUUCAUCGACUGCUCGACCAUCGACCCCUCGUCCUCACAGGAGGUGGCCGCCCUCGUGACAGAGGCGUUCCCGGGCGGGAAGGCCCACUUCGUCGACGCGCCGAUGUCGGGCGGGAUCGUGGGCGCGGCGGGGGGCACGCUGACGUUCAUGCUCGGGGCGCCGGCGGAGGUGGUGCCCAGGGCCGAGCCGAUCCUGCGGCGCAUGGGCAAGAACGUGCUCCACUGCGGCGGGCAGGGGACGGGCCUGUCGGCCAAGCUGGCCAACAACUACCUGCUGGCCAUCAACAACAUCGCCACGGCCGAGGCCAUGAACCUGGGGAUGCGCUGGGGGCUGGACCCCAGGGUGCUCGCGGGCGUCAUCAACGUCAGCACGGGCCGGUGCUGGCCCAGCGAGGUGAACAACCCCGUCCCCGGGGUCGUCGAGAAGGCGCCCGCGGGCAGGGGCUACGCCGGCGGGUUCGGCAUCUCGCUGAUGCGCAAGGACCUCCGGCUCGCCAUGGUCGCGGCGCAGGAGGCCGGCGCGAGGCUCGAGCUGGCCGGUGCCGCCCGGCAGCUGUAUGAGACUGCUGAGAAGGACGAGGCUUGUAAGGGCCGGGACUUUAGUGUAGUUUAUAGAUGGCUCGGGGGGAAGGAAUGA